AUGACCCCUGGCCGGAUGUCUGCUAAGACUCCCUCCUGGUGUGAGACUGCACCAACCAAGGUCACUUCUCCACCUCCCUCUCUACCUCCCCAAGGCCCACUGCUUUUUGGUUCUAAAAUGGAAACUUUCUUUAAGCAGGAAUGCUUUGCAGAAGAGUAUGGUUUGUUUUCUUUUUUUCUUUUCAUUUGGUUGUUAAUUUCUCUUUUUUUCAUUUCUGAAUAUAAUUCCAUCACCUUCCAUGGUAAACAUAUUUGUGAAUCUGUGUUGCAUGUUUGUACUUUGAAGUAUCAGUUCUCAAAAGAGAGUUUGCACUCUGGCCAUACAGAGAAUCCACACACAUCCACCCUGCUGUCCACAGCUCUACAGCAGAGUCCAAGAUCAGGGUUCUAG